AUGGUUGAUGUGGAAGCGGGAAAGAAGGAGAAGGGGAGGUUUAUUCCAGAGCUGCAGCUCAGCGUCACCAAGUUCAAUGACAGUGAGGAACAGAUGAAGCUGAUGAUGUGUGAAGAGAUGCCGAGUGGAUAUAUGGAAAAUGAAGAAUUUGAGACAGAGUAUUAUCCAAGCCAGGAAGAGAUAUAUGAGUUCGUCUGUCUUCAUCGGAUAUGGCGAUGUCCUCGAGCUUCCCUUUUGGCUUUUUCACUGCUGCUGGGUUUGGCACUCGGGAUCGUCGUUUUGGUGGUGGUGAUGAUCUGCACCUUUCUCUCAUUGUCCAAGGAGAAGCCAUCCGGGCGUGAAGACGUGCUGGGUGUAAUCAGUUGGCUCCACUAUCCGGUUGGGGAUAUUGCAAUAAGGAGGGCGAAUCAUACAAUGUCUGCCUAUCAGCACCUCAAUAAUUUUCAUUAU